AUGAACAUAACAAUGUGGCACGUAAGGUUGUUAAACACACCCUUCAACCCCAAGGUUGUUUAUGAUGGACACCCAACAUUGUUUACCAUUAAGUUGUACCAUGGAGGUGAGUUCACCAAGUACCCUGAUGUUCGUUACAUUGAUGGAACUGUAAACUAUGUUGAUAUGGUAGACAUAGAUGAGUUUUCAGUUCAUGAGCUCGAUGCAAUCAUGAAGGGUUUUAGAUAUGGGGUUCCUCCUAUUAUAUUCUACCAUUUUCUUGUGCCUGGUGGAGACUUCCACUUUGGUCUUCGCCCUUUAGGAAAUGAUCAAGAUGUUGCAAACUUUUCUCAAUAUGUCAGUGAGCACAAAGUGAUGAAGGUAUACACAGAUCAUGGUGAAACAAGACUACUCACCUAUUUCUUGAAUCCUAAGCCUGUUACCAAGGUUACCCUUGUACAGUUAGAUGAACCACAUGAGGAUGUGCAACACAUUGAUGAAGCUCCUGAUGACCAAUCAAAGGAAACACUUGUGAUGACUACACCUACUGAUAAUUUAGUUGAUGUGGUGCCCACUCAAGCAAACCAACCUAAAAUCCAAGUUAAUGAAAUAGUUCAAGUCGUAUCCUUAUCACCUGGAUAUAAUAGGAGAAGGGGUAUGAGCAAGGAUGGAGUGAUGGCAUCUUGCAGUAAGAAAAUAUACUUUGAUGAUAUUGGUGAGACUGAACAGAUAGCCAAAGACUUUGUUGAGGCAGCUACUGAUUUUGAUAUUGGACUCUACCAAUAA